CGUUUUCGGAACUUGCAGACCUGGUCGUCCGGGGCGUCAAUUUCCGAGGACUUUCGAUCAGGGCACGUGUGGCUCGUGUGUGCAUAAAAGUGAAAAGUGCAGUUUGCAAGGGAAAUUAGCGAAGGAAUGUCCUAUUGAGUUGGGUGAAAGUGAAAAUCUCGACGCCACAGCUUCGGGGUUUGUCCCUUUAUGGGAUUUGGCAGUGCAUGAAAAAGGACUGGCCUGAGCGGGGAAAAAGGGCUCAACCUUGGACCUGGUGAUUCUGUCAAGCGUCCUUGGGCGUUUUAUUUGUGCAACAAAAUAUUUGUAUAAUUGCAACUGCACGCGACCGUGUCAUCCGAGGGGAAGAUUUGGAUGUCCCAAAACUAAUCGAUAAAUUGAUUUUUUGUCCUGUCUUCUUUCGUCGGGAUGUUCCUUCGAAGCUCCUGCCAAAGGCCGUUCAGUUCUGCUCGGCAGUGUUUAUGAAUCGUGCUUCGCCUGCAAAUAUGCAACCUCGUUCGAAGGCUCAAUUACGGCGUUGAAUUGUUAAUGAAAGUGAGCCAUUAUUCAUAAGAAGAGGCACAUCGACUUCGGGGUUGGACAUGAACCGAACCGGACUAUGACAUCAGCGUUGGUUCCGUCGACGAGGCGUCAUCGUGCUUUUUGCCACAAUUAAAUCGUUUUCGAAAGAAGCAAAAGUGCGUGUGACACUUUCAGGACCGCGGCGAAACUGGAGGAUGAAAUUGGAUCCUCCACGGUGGAACUAAUCAUCAUUAAAGAGUCAUCAAUGUUUCAGACAUGCCGCCUCUGGAACCUGAGUAUAGCCAGCGUGCUCGCGCUGACCCUGUCUAACGUGUUCCUGACGGUCCGGCUGCUGCACAAUGGCGACUGCAGCAACGGCGCUGGUGACCGGUAUGGUGGCUCCAGUGCCGACGGUGACAGCGUUUCGCUGGUUCCACGAGCCCCGAUCCUCACACCGGCCACCUGUCUGGAGUACGUGCUCGCGGACACGCUCACCAACAACACGGACAAGGCGGUCUUUUCGGGGCUGGAUUUGAGGCUUGGGAGGUGGGACUCGCGGCGGAUGUACAAGUUCUUUGACUUUGCCGUGGUGGGCGAGCGCUUUCCGGAACUGUCAGAGCGGUACAGCGUGUGUCUGGCGACGCAGAGUUCGCUGGAGAAGAUCUACUCACUGGUGCAGGUUUCGCACCACUGGUCCGGUCCCAUUUCGGCAGCGAUCUUUGCCGCUGGGAAUGAUGAGUUGUAUCUGCUGCAGAUAUACCUGUCUUAUCUGCGGAAUUGCUUCAAAACGAUCCGCGAACGGGUCAGCUUUCAUCUGGCGCUCCCGAAGGAGCGCGCUCCGACCCACUUGAAGAGCAUACACGUGGGUGACUUUACCAAGUUCGAUUGUGCCAAACCGGAAGCGACGCUGAAUGAUCUGAUCAAGUUGCGCAAGGCGGACACCAACAAGUGGCGCAUCAAGAAUCCGUACCCGCAGAACCACCUGCGGAACGUCGCCCGGAAGGGUUGCCAAAGCACGUACGUGUUCCUCACGGACGUCGACAUCAUCCCGAGUGUGAACUUUGCCGAACAUCUGGACAAGUUUCUGAGAACGCAGCGAGCUCCUCACGGCGGUCAUGGAGCUCAGCAGACGGCCUUCGUAGUGCCGACGUACGAGCUGGAUGAGCGGGUUCGCUUUCCCCGCAACAAGACUGAUCUGAUACGGCUGGCCAACAAGGGGCUGGCGCGACCCUUUCAUCACAAAGUUUUCAUCUACAACCAGUUUGCGACGAACUUCUCGAGAUGGCAGGCCGACAUCUUCGACGGCGAGAUGACGCGAGUGUCCCAUAACGUGACCAACUUUGAGUUUCUGUACGAGCCGUUCUACGUGGCGCCCGACACGGUGCCACCGCACGACGAGCGCUUCCUCGGGUACGGGUACACCAGGAAUACGCAGGUCUACGAGAUGUUCGUCGCCGGCUACCAGUUCCAGGUUCUGACGCCCCUCUUUACCGUCCACUGGGGUCUGCAGAACAAGAAGAGCCGGCCGGCGUGGCGCGAACGGCAGAACAACGUCAACCGGAAGUACUUUGAGAUCUUCAAGCGGGAAGUGUUCGCCCGGUACCACAAGGAUCCGUUGCGGAUGUUGCUGCCGAAGAAGGUCCAAAAGCAACAUGGGGUAGGGGGAGGAGGUGGUGCAGGUGGGGGAAAUGUGGUGGCCGCAGGUGGUGAUGCCGGUGGAGGGGGUGGUGGGGAAAAAACCGGACGAUAAGUGAAGCAAUUUGUGGUGAGAUAGAAAAAAAAUGUGAAGAGAAACAACCCAUCAGAAACACUCAGAAAAAUCUACAACUUUACAACAGAAGAUGACUUUACUGAAAAUCAUUAAAAAAAUAUAAAACAAAAAUUAAGGGUUAAAGAUUGAUCCUGCUUCGUUAAGGGAUAAGGAACCGAUCUUGAACCCUUCAACUCACUAUCCAUAUAGUAGCACGUGAAUUCAUGCUUUUCCUGCCAAAUUAGACUAAAAUUAUGUAACAAAACAUCAAGUGUGGUACUAGGAACAAAUAAAAACGCUUGGUAAAUAUCGUUUAGGUACUCUCUAAUCACAAUCAUUAUAACUAAACCCCGUGUGAUAAUAUAACUUCGUUUUCGUUCUUGCUGAAAUGUUUUCCAAACGCAAUAGUUCUCAAAUAUUUACUCUGCAUCAACUUUAACACUCCCGUCCUCCCUCAAACCUUCAACCCACAACUAGUAAAGAUAUAGAGUUAAACAAAGCGUCAUCGUUGUCAUUGUGAAACUUAGUGAAACAUCAGUGCAAUAAAACCCCUCCCCCCAUCCCCUCACCCAAGUUUAGAAGGAAUCGGUUCGGUUGGUGCUGAAUGUGUGGCGCGAUUAGAUUAUACGGAAGUAGUUGAAACGGAAAAAAAGUGGGUUCGAAAACAAGGUGGAUGAAGAAAAAAAGGAAUUAUUUUUGUUACUUGAAAUAACUUACACAAAUAGACAGACAUAAACAUACUUACACACUUACACGACGUGCGUAGAACAAGCGGUACUGUAUAUAUGGGAAUUUUUAAAAACCAAAGCAAAUAUUUAGCAGAAACGAAUAAAUUCAUGUUGUGAUUUCCACAGUG